AUGCAGAAAGCAGAUCAGUUUGCCGAAAGUUUGGGCAUCCAGGAUUUUCAAGCAAAAGCUGGCUGGCUAUCCAGAUUCAAAGACAGACAUAACAUUUCUUUCAGAUCUGUCUGUGGUGAAGCAAAAUCCGUUGACACAAACACGGAUGCGAUGAAGCAAUGGGAAGGCAGCUUGUCUGCAUUGCUGGAAAAGUACGACCCAGAAUGCAUCUACAAUGCUGAUGAAACCGGGAUCUUUUACAAGAUGCUUCCGGACAAGACCUUAGAGUUUAAGAACGUUGAUUGUAGUGGUGGCAAAAGAUCAAAAGAACGGCUCACUGUCCUGGUCUGUGCAAACAUGACAGGAACUGACAAAUUGCCACUCUUUGUCAUUGGGAAGAGCGCUAAGCCGCGCUGUUUCAAAAACAAACAAACUCUACCGACGAAAUACAGCAGUAAUGCUAAAGCUUGGAUGACGUCAGAGAUAUUUAUCGCUUGGUUGAAAGAUCUUGAUGCUGCAUUGAAUAAAAGACGCCGCAAUAUUGCCUUGGUAGUGGACAACUGCCCUGCCCACCCAAACUUCAAGAAGUUGGAGCAUAUAGAACUGGUGUUUCUUCCCCCCAACACGACCAGUAAAACACAGCCAAUGGAUCAAGGAGUAAUCCAAAAUCUAAAAGUUCACUAUCGGAAGCGCGUCGUGAUAAGCCAAGUGGCAGCGAUUGAAAAUAAGGAGGAGUUCACUAUCAAUGUCCUGGAUGCCCUCAGAUUCCUCCAACAGUCAUGGGAGUGUGUUACCUCAACAACCAUUAGCAACUGCUAUAGGCACGCUGGCUUCAGCACUGAGAGACUUGAAACCCCACAAGAGGCAGAGACGCUAGAUGAUGAGGAUGAGCUUGACGACAUACCUCUCGCAAAGUUGGUCACAAUGGGUUACAGAGAUACUCUCUCUGAUUUCAUACAGUUCUCCGAGGAUUUGCCCACAUCCGAAGCUUUGACCGACGACGCCAUUGUCUCGAGUGUCAUAGAGUCCAGACAGGAAGUGGACGCCGAUGCCGAUGAAGACGACGACGAUGUCUCUAAUACGCCAACCAGAACUGUAGACGACGCAAUGCAGGCCUUAGACGUGUUGAGGGAUUUUUUCGUAGGACAGCCUAACAGUGAAGAGGAACUUUCGACAUUGUGCAGGUAUUCGAGGAAGCUGUUACGUUGUAAAAUGGACUCUCUGGGUAAGCAGAAGCAAAAGUCAAUCCUGCAGUUUGCAACGAAGUUCGAAGAUCGUAGAUAG